AUGACUCCUAUACUGUUAGAAGGCCAGCCUGUCUGGAAUAGGUUAAUUAGAUUUGAAGAUGUUAAUGGUCAAGAGAGAUACGGUGAACCCGUUGACGAUGAUCUCGAUGUUGGCAUUGCUUUACACCGUGGCGAAGACGUAUAUGCUAGGAUUAUUCGAGCCGAGUCAGCUCUAGACCUAUCCGCCGCCCUAUCAGAAGACGUCGUGCAGGUGAAAAGGGUCAGCGGCGAAACUUACAACUACCGGACGUGGAUCAGCUUUGUUGACGGAGAAACAGAUACUGGCACCGCUCAGACCAGAGGAAGCGGGUACUAUACGAUGCAUUGGACUCAAUUACCGCGAACACGCCAAAUGAAGUUGUCAAUCCCUAAAACCCCGACAAUGUUCCUCAAGGCAACCGAAACCAUCAAUGAUCCUUCGAGCCACAUUGUUGCCCCUCACUGCGCAGAUCUACACGACUGCCACCUGGACUAUGAAGUGGAACUGGCAGUUGUCAUCGGAAAGACAUGCAAAGAUGUCUCCGAGGAUCAUGCCAUGGAAUAUGUGCUAGGUUACAUGACGGCCAACGAUGUUACCGCACGGACACACCAGAACGAAGUUUCGCAGUGGGAUCGCGGCAAGGGCUUCGACGGAUUCGCACCAAUCGGACCAGCUCUUGUCUCGUCAAGGGUCAUUCCCGAUCCGUCGGUUUUAAAGCUGCAGACCGUCCUCAACGGACAGGUGAUGCAGCAAGGAGAAGCGAGUGACAUGAUUUUCUCCAUUCCUAAGAUUGUAUCUUUCCUCUCUCAGGGCUGCACGUUGCAAAAGGGGACUAUUAUUCUAACCGGGACCCCUUGCGGAAUUGGUGUCAGCCGAAACCCGCCAGUUCGGCUCGUCGAAGGCGAUGAAUUGUUUGUAACUAUUAGUCAUGGUCUCGGCUCGCUGACAAACCCCAUUGCUUUCAAAGAAUCUACGCAUAAUGGACACCUGAUUGAGGCGAGAGCGUAA